AUGGUUGGCCGUCCCAAGUCGCUAGCCCAGCGGCAACAGGAGGCAAAGCGUGCUCAUGAAGCGUUGAUGUCACAUGCAGUCGAGGCCUACCGUGCUGAGCUCGAGAAGCCAGACCAUCAUGCCCGUCGAGGGCUGCGCACUAUCUGCAAAGAUUUCGAACAGCUUUACUUCGAGGAGACCGGAGAUCGAAUCCGUCUCAGUCAUAUGACCCUUAGUCGACUGGCUGAUGGUGGGCUAACUCGAGUCCAGGCCAAUGCCACCCGUUCAUGGCUCUCGAAGGGUGAAGAAGAUGUUGUCGUCGAAUUUAUCCUGGACAUGGCUGCACGUGGAUGGCCACUCAGUCAUAGACGUCUCAAGGAGCAUGUCGAUAUGAUUUGCCAUGCCCGCAAACGCAAGAACUUCCCAGUCGAGGGUGUGGGUCAAAACUGGACCACAUGCUUUGUGCAGCGACACUCCGACCGUCUCAAGAUGAAAGACUCUCGCCCUCUUGAGGACAAGCGAGGCCGUGGUGCCAAUCCGACAGCCAACAAGCAGUACUGGGCCCUACUCAACGAGACGAUCAAGAAAUACAACAUCCGGCCUGAGACCACCUUUGGAACUGAUGAGAUCGGCAUACAGAACCGCGGCGAGGAAAGCGAGCACGUCAUUGCUCCAGCCCAUGGAAAGGGGCCACAAUAUCAGCAACGUGGUGGGACUCGCGAAAACACCACCGUUCUGGUCACCAUCUGUGCUGACGGCACAGCUAUUCCUCCUACCGUUAUUUUCAAGGGUGAGGCCCUCCAAGUUGGAUGGGGUGACAAUAACCCUCUAAAUGCGACGCUUGGCUACCAGAAGAAGGGCUGGACGGACGGAGAGAUCGGUGCAGAGUGGAUCAAGAUCUUCAAUAAGGCAACAAAGGACAAAGUCAAGCAAGGAGAGUAUCGCCUUCUCUUGGUCGAUGGCCACAAUUCUCACUAUACUGUCGCCUUCCUGCUUUAUGCACGUGAACACCUUAUCCUCGUCAUUUGCUAUCCUUCUCACACCACCCACAUCUAUCAGGGGCUUGACGUCGUGAUAUUUGCGGUCUUGAAGCGCUGCAUUGGUGAGGAACGGGACGGAUGGCUACAAAAGUAUGGGAUUGCGAUGGAUAAGAAGAAUUUUCUCGAGAUCUACAGCAGGGCACACGUGCGAGCACUCACCGAGGACAACGUCAAGGCAGCAUUUCGCAAGACUGGCAUGUGGCCAUUCAACCCUGAUGUCGUUACUCCUGACAUGCUUGCUCCUAGCAAGGAAACUUCGUCUGAAGCUACCUUGCCGCUCGUAUCAACCGACCCAGCCAUCAACGUUCUUGCGACCAUGUUCCGCAAGCUGGCCGUAUCAUCUGACGUCGAAUCUGGUACAAUCUCCGAGGUGCCUCCAUCUGGAAGUGGCACCAAACAUGCGGCAAUCAACGAAGCGGUUGCUGGUCUAUCACAAACCAAGCUGGCUCACCUCAUUUCAACCACACUCAUCACAUCUGACGACGCCAUGCCCACCACCAUCCCUCACACCAUCCCUACUCAUGUUCCCGCACCACCACCCCUCCUGUCGAUUCAACCACAGACCAAGACAGAAGUUCUCCUGCUGGCAGCCCUCCAUGAAUCUCAUGACACAAACAGCAAGCUUGCAAGCCGGAACAUUGAGCUCCAGGCGAACAAUCUGCUCAACGAAGUGUACUGUGGCAAAGCGAAAUCUCAGCUUCAGCAUCAGGAAGAGAAGAAGAAGGGUGGACGCACUGGAAAGGAGACGCUCAAGGCCGAUGGUCUGGGCCGUCUUCUAACUGGGGACGAGUUUUACGAGGCAUGGCAGGAGCAUGAGAAGCGCAAACGACUUGAGGCGCGGGACAAGGCUGAGAGGAAGGACGCCCAAGCUGCAUAUCAGGCAGCGAAGGCAAAGUGGGACAAGGAGGAAGAGGGGUGGAAGGCGCUCAAGGAACAGGAGGCCGAGAAGCACAAGAAGGCUGUGGCAGCGUGGGAGAAGGCAAAGACAAGAGCAAAUGCAGUCCGGACUGGACGUGCUUCGACAUUCAAAUCCCCAAAGCCCAAGAUGGGAUUUGUUCCCAAGCGUGUCCCCCCACCGAAGUUGAAGGAUUUUUUGGGUGGUUCAGCGGCAGAGUCGAGCGAGGAAGACGAGGAUACUGACGAGGCCGAGUAG